AUGAUAUCUGCAUCAGAUCGUCCCCUCAUCGGGGAACCGCUCAUCAUCCGCUGGUUGAAGUUCCCAGGCGACAUCCUCCAGGUCGCCAAUUAUCUCGUUGCUUACUAUACCAAUGCCGAGACUGACCUCCGCGCAUCUUGGCCGAUCCCUAACUGGCGUGUCGCGCCGGCGAUACCUGCUAUAGACAGUGGGGAAUUCGAGCUGAUCAUGGACAAGGCUGGAGUAUGGACGGGUCCGAUGUCCGACGACGAUGGCGAAUGGAUAUGUCCCCCUUUCUUCGUGCGCUUUCCUUCGGGCAAGAAAGCAGCUAAAACUCACAACCGAGAUGUUAUCGAGAAGUGUCGAGAAAGAGAUAACUACAAAUGUGUCCUUUAA